AUGCCUCCGCAAGCACUGAAGGCACCAGCCUUUUGGUGCAGCCUGUGUGGUAAGAAAUUUACUCGCAAAGAACAUUUGGAACGCCACAUUCCUCACCACACCGGCUUUAAGCCGUACAGCUGCGACCAGUGUUUUAUGUCGUUUGGCCGUCAGGAUUUACUCCGACGACACCAGGCCAUCUACCACUCACUCCCAGACGGCUUGGACCCCAUUCCUUUCCGAGCCGGUUCGCACAAGCCGGACGUCGCCUGCGAACCCUGCCACAAAGCCAAAAGUGGGUGCGAUAAGGUAAAACCGUCGUGUGGGUCGUGCCAAAAGAAGAAUAUCCUAUGUGUUCCACGUGAGUCCAAGAGGCUCGUAAAGCAGGAGACCCGGGCCAGGCGCUCAGCAGAGCCGCAACCGCCUGCUCCGCCCGCUCAACUCCCUCUACCCCCUCUACCCGCACCAGAUGACCACAACCAACCGGAACCUGUCAUGGGAGCGUCUCUCGAAGCAAUGAUUGGUGAGGCCGAUGCAUACCAGCCCCAGCUGGGUCUGCAGCAAGGAACGGGAUCACAGAGCUCGUUGAUCUCAGAACUGCCUUUGACUGGAAUUCCGGCUCCUGGAGGCCCCUUUUCCAUGAACGACUUUAAUUUUGCCAAUCUUCACUACGACGGUCUCGAAGGCUAUGGUGAUCCGACUCAGUCGUUUAAUCCAAAGCAGGCGAAUCUCGGGUCUCAGAAUGACCCUUUCUUGAACAUGUCUGACUUGAGUCGGAGCUCAUCCAUCGACCUCGGCUUGGAGGACUUUGACGGGCUCGCGGACAUGGACGGGUUUGCGGACUAUAGCGGGUUCGCGACAGUUGACAACACCCACCACUCACUUGCAGACCACCAUGAGGAGGGUUUCAAACAUUUCGGGCAAAACAAAGGCAGCGCCUCCGCCCAGCACAGGGACCAUAUGCCACAGCAGAUGGUGCCGAAGAAACUAAAUGCCAUCCCCCGACCCCUAGUGGAAUUCCAGCAGUCCAGGCAGAACAAAGAAAACGCCAUCCGCUCGUCUGGUCAACAUCAAGACGCUUUCCAUCACUUCGGGCAUAUUAACGACAACUCCACCUUCGCACCUGCCGUACAUCAACAGGCUUUUUCUCAUUUCGAGCCAAAUAACGACAGAGUGAUCUCCUUACCUCCCACACCUCAUCAAGAUUUUGCUUUGGUGUCUCCUUACGGUCUGCUCUCGCCGGCCAAGACUACCCCCUCUCCUCCACCUUCAGGCUCUUACGCUCAACUCGAGGGAGACAAACCGGCUGCCACAAGAUCGGAAAUCCUAGCUGCCCUCGACGAGCAAUGGAACGCCCACUUCGGCAACGGCCCCCCUCUCGAAAAGUUCCUCAGUUAUGUUCUCAAACAAACAGAAUCUAUUAAAUAA